GUUGCUGUCAUCCCACAGCUAUCAGAUUUGGACAGCAAAUCGGUCAGAAAAAAAAACAUAAACAGUGGCCACCGAUGCCACUUGUUGUUUUUUCGUGUUCAACACCUAAUUUAAUUCACUUUUAGCUGUUUUAGUAGCUGCUUUUAGCAAUGUCCGAGGCAAAAGAAAUGCAGGAUGACGAAAGGGAAGCUCUCAUAUCGAUAUACGAAGGAGACAGUGCCUUCAAGCAGGUGAACUCCGAAACGUACCAGUACAAAUACGGUGAAGAAGGUAACAAAUCGUUUCUGCUAGAGAUCUGUUGGACGGAAAACUAUCCCAAUGAGCUGCCCAGCUUCAAUCUGGAAACAUUCUACAACAGAAAUCUCUCUCGUUCGGCGAAAGAUUCGAUUGCCUCCAUCCUAAAUGAAGAAGCGCAGCAAUGGAUUGGUUGUGGCAUGACAUACACAUUAUUUGAGUGCCUAAAGGAUAAGCUGGAUGAACUGCUGACGGAUGAAAACUGUAAUGCGGGUGAUGGUCAGCAGAUGAUCAUCGGUACCACCAACGCACGUGUGGAGGCUGAACAGUCGAAUAGCGAUUCUGAUGAAGAGGGCGUAGCGAACGAAGGGAAAGAUGGUAAGAGAGAUGCGAAACGGGAACAUCUUACCAAAGCCCAGAAACGGAAACAGUGGGACCGAGUCGAUAGCAAGGGUAACCGGCAGCGUGGCUGGAAUUGGGUUGAUAUCAUCAAACAUUUGUCGCAGACGGGAGGAAAACCAGAAUAGGGCAAUGAGAAAAGGCUGGCCUAUUUAUGCAUAGCAGUCAAUGCUAUGAACUGUGUAGCCCGUUGGAAUGGAAUAAUAUAGCUUAAUAAAGUACUGUGAACGUCAAA